CUAACACUACUCCCUCUCUCUCUCUCUCUCUCUCUCUCUCUCUCCCUCCCUCUCGACUCUUUUCUCCUUCCCCUGCAUCCAACCGGACCCGGCAACCACGCUAUUCCAUCCGUCAAUCCCCAAGCAGCAGCGAUUACAGCGGCAACCACAUUCACCGCUACAUGAUCGACAACGACAGUCUUCUCACUCAUCAUGGCGACCUCCGAACCUGCUGCUCAGCCAAAUCACUCACCACAAUCGCAACAACAACAACCUCGCCUUCGACCUCCAUCAUGAGUCGCAUCAGUCCCGCGGGGGACUCGAGCGAGAGCCAGCUCCACAUGAUCAUCGAUCAACAAUCGGCGACGAUACAACUGUUACAUGACGCGUUCGCAUCCGAGCGACAGGUGUGGAGCAUGGAAAAGGAAAGGCUAUAUCAGCGCAUCGCGAACUUGGAGAGGCUUCUGAAGAGCGGCAAUCAUCACAGCCCGGCCAAAUCUCCCAUCAUAUCUCCCACCUGGACCUGUGGGUUGGCGUCUCCACAGCCGCGCUCGCUCGUGACGAGUUCCCUCCCCACCAUCUCCGAGGACGAAAAGACCCCCCUUUCGUCGAGGAGGGUGGGAGCCCCCAGCUCCAUCGAUCUCCCUUCCAGCUCACGUCGCGGGUCCGCCGUGACCUUCACCACCGCCGACGGCGUCGUCGUCGAAGAGAUCCCGGCCCCCGCCGCACACGCCGAAUCCCUCUCACCGCCGCCUCCCGAACACCGGGCCCUCGCCGGCCACACCCCCAUCCGGAUCCCUCGCAAACCCACGCCUCCGCCGCAGAAGAUGCUCCUGGAGGGCAUCGAGGACACCCCGACGCGCAACAACACCCACAUCAACACCUACCUGACGCAAUGCAACGACGACGACGAGGAGAAGGCCCUGACCGGACCCCUGCACAUGCCCGAGUUGCCCGGCCGACCCUCCGACGGCAACUUCACCCUCGAGGCCCUGUCGAAACGUCUGGAACAGAUCGAACAGCACCCCGAACAGAGCAAGCCGAUGAUCUUCUCCACCCCGAGCCCGGGGCUCGCGUCGCCGGAGAACGAACUGGACACGCUGAUCAGCGAUCAGAUCAGUCCACACACCAUGACCAUUUCCUCCGAAGGUCCGCACGCACCCACCAGCACCCAAGACGCCACCGCCACCCAACAACCCGCCUCCCCCGACCAUCACCCUCACCACCAGGCCCCCCAUCCCAUCUCCACCUCCACCUCCACCUCCAACACCAACGGCGCUGGCGUCAGCGACCCCGAGAACCCCAUGUCCCCCAACGGCCUCCCCAUGUCCCCGCUCGACCCGGCCGAGGCCCAGGCCUUCGAACAGGGCGGCAUCAAGCUGCGGAAGAAGACGAGCAUCAACUUCGGCGCCCCCAUGGGCCAACUCGGCGGGUUCGCCGCGCUGCGGAAACUGUCCUAGCGUGAAGGGAGGGAUCCAUGAGGGAAGAAAAAAAAAGUCGUGGACGUGAUGGGAUUGAUCGAUGGGAUGGGAUGGGAUGACCCGAGAGGAAUUGUUCCCGGAUC